AUGCCUCCUCGUAUGGUGACGACAAGUUUGCAAGCCAAUGGCCAAGCUCGGCGAACAGAUCAACACCCACCUGAUGAACAACCAAUAAACUCAUCCGAGCUACCAAUAUUUCACCACAUUACUGAAAGGACGAGUUACAACACCGGCUUCGAUGCAAGCAUUUCUGAAACGAUCACUCCGACGACCCCUUGGAAGGCAACAGCGGUUACCGUACAUCUACUGAUGGAAAACCAUCUCCAGUUACUUAACAGAUUACGAGACGGUCUUAAGAAGCAACAUUUCAACCGUGUCCCGAAGCAAGGGGUACUUGCUUGUCCCCGUCAAGGCGUACCAACAUAUCUAACUGACGAAGAUUUCCAAAAUUUUCCUAGAUUAAGUCACAAGCUUUAUCACCUUUUUCAGGAACCUCAAGGAAAACCAGGCGCAACCGAAGGAGAUACGCACAGGGAUCGUAUUCUUCUAAUGACGGCUACAGGACCUCAACAAGCUACGGUGGAAACGGUGAACUACCCCCCCUUGUUUACCCGGGCUACGGUGGAAACGGUGAACUACCACCCCUUGUUUACCCGGAUGCUGUUUAUUGCGUUCUUUGGAGUACAUAGUCCUCAGACCUCAGAGGAUAAGUUGAUGGGAGUCCUUGCAGCAUUGGAACUAACCGUUUUCUCUGAUAAAAGCACGCCGAUUUUACAACAAAUUCUUUAUAGCGUGCAUCCUGCCGCACCACACUCAGUCGCUAACUUUUGCACACGGAGCAUCAAAGCAAGUAUGCCGAGACAUGCCUUGAUUUGGGCAUUGUACUCAGCGAUCUUCCACUCUAGUGAGGAUGUUCCCAACAAGUAA